AUGCAUAAUUCAGAGAAGCUCGAAUCUUCGAGCGAUUUGGACAAUCAGCCUAGAAAAUAUGAAGAUAAGUCUUCCCAAGACGUGUCACCAGACAUAGAUUUUCAUAAACCAAGACAUAAUGACAUAGCAAGUCAUUCAGUCUCCAGUGAGUCUGCCUCGACUCCCAAACUUCAAAGAAGACUACUUACACCGUUGUUGCUGAAGAAAGUACCGCCUGUGCCCACGGAUGAUGAAAGGAAAGAAUUUCCUCGUUACUUGAAUCCUUAUGUGUGGACGUUCUUUACGUGGCUCUGGCCCUUGUUGAGAGUUGGCUACAAGAGAACCUUGGAGCCCAACGACUUCUACAAAUUGAACGAAGACAACCAAGUACAGACAAUGGCAGACCGCUUCCAGCGAAUCUUUGCGAUCAAAUUGGCUGAAGACAAGGAGGAUUUCCUCAACCAAAGAAUUAAAAACCGUGGGGAAACAUUAGCAACAUCCUCGGUGCCUAGAGAAGUGGAAUUAUGGGAGUAUACACCUUCCAGCACACUUUGCUUCAGAGCAUUCUUUGCUACCUUCCGAAACCAGUAUACUUUUAGCUGUAUAUGCAUGGCCCUAGCAUUAGCUGUUAGCACAUGUAAUCCACUCCUAUCCAAGCAUUUGAUUCAAUAUGUUCAGGAGAAAGCAAUUAUCUAUGAUUUGCCUGCUGGUAAGGGUGUGGGAUAUGCACUUGGUGUAUCUGCAAUGGUGCUCGUGGGAGGUCUUCUUGCCAACCAGGGUUUCUAUUUGUCUAUGAUUACAGGUGCUCAUAUCAGAGGUGUGUGCACCAAAGUGUUGAUGGACAAGUCGUUCAAGCUCAGUGCUAAGGGAAGAAAACAGUUUCCUCCGUCGAAAAUAACCUCCAUUAUGAGUACGGAUGUGUCUAGAAUUGAUCUCGGUGUCGGAUUCUCCCCUUGGUUGUUUGUUUUCCCUGUUCCAGUGGCUAUCUCCAUUGGUAUUUUGGUACACAAUUUAAAGGCUCCAGCCAUGGUUGGUGUGGGUAUAAUGUUUGCUUUCUUGUUUUUCGCGGCUGGGUUGGGAAUGAUGUUGUUCGUAUUCAGAACCGAAGCGACCAAACUGACCGAUAUUCGUGUCGGAUACAUGAAGGAAGUGUUGACCAAUUUGAAGAUGAUCAAGUUUUACUCGUGGGAGAUUCCAUACUUCGGAAAGAUCAAAAAGACCAGAAAGAGAGAAAUGAAUUAUUUAUUGAAGAUGGAGGUAACUAGGAGUGUCAUUAUCUCUGUUGCAUCUUCUUUAACUUUGAUUUCUUCAUUCGCAGCAUUUAUGGUUCUUUAUGCCACUGCAUCCCCAUCUAAGAGAAACCCUGCAGCGAUUUUCUCUUCGGUGGCUCUUUUCAACUUAUUGGCUCUGGCGUUCAUCGUGUUGCCUUUAUCGAUAGCUGGUGCAACAGAUGCAUUUCUUGGCAUGGUGAGAGUGGGCUCUCUAUUAGCAGCAGAAGAAUUUGAGCCUGACCUUGAACGUGAGACAACCUUGGAAGAACAGUUGCUGUUGCAAGAUCGUAAGCUUGCCCUUGAGGUGAAGAAUGCUAGCUUUGAGUGGGAAGUCUUUGAUUUGGAGGUAGAAGAAGACGAGAAAGACUUAAAGAAGGAUCUAUCCAAAGAGGAGAAGAAGGAGAAAAAGAAAGAAACUAAGGCCAGAAAGAAGAGAGCAAAAUUGAAGAGACAAGGAUUGCUCAAGGAGGAACCUGUUGAGAAGCUUGCUGCUUUCGAGCUCAAAGAAGUUGAUUUCGCCAUAAGACAGGGAGAGUUCGUGGCUAUCACUGGAUCUAUUGGCUGUGGAAAAACUUCGCUAUUAUUGGCGAUAGAGGGUUUGAUGAAGAGAAAUUCCGGUUCUGUGAAGAUCAAUGGAUCUUUCGUUAUGUGCGGAGUUCCAUGGAUUCAGAACUCCACUCUAAGAGACAACAUCCUUUUCAAUGCCCCUUAUGACGAAGCUUGGUACAAGAAAGUUGUCUAUGCUUGCUGCCUACAAAGUGACAUAGACAUGUUGCCAGCUGGAGACAGGACUGAAAUUGGUGAAAGAGGUAUCACUCUUUCGGGUGGCCAGAAGGCGCGGGUCAGUUUGGCGAGGGCAGUAUAUGCCAACACAGAUAUCAUAUUGCUCGAUGACGUUCUUUCCGCUGUGGACUCGAAAGUUGGAAAACAUAUUAUCGACGAAUGUGUUCUCGGAAUUUUGAAAGACAAGACCCGAAUCUUGGCCACUCAUCAGCUCUCCCUUAUUGGAUCUGCCAAUAGAGUUAUGUACUUCAACAGUGACAACUCCAUUUCAAUUGGCACGAUGGAGUCGCUCCGGGGUACAAAUUCUGGCUUCAAAGAACUUAUGGAGUUUGGCCAACGUAAGGCAAUGGAUGAAGAGGAAAAGGAAGAAGAAGAAGAACAAGACCCAUUGGCUCGCGAACUAACUACACGUAGUGCUUUCUCGGAAAAGUCACUAUCUGAUCCCAACAGUGGUAAAUUGAUUACAGAAGAGUUUAAAAAUGUCAACGCUAUUGGAUGGGAAACCCAUCGCCAAUAUUUUGGAGCUGGAGCAACUGGCUAUAAAUUCGCUUGGAACAUUCCUGUAGCUUUGAUGGGAACAAUUCUUUCAGUUUUUUUGAACAUCUUCACCAAUACCUGGUUGUCGUUUUGGGUUGAGUACAAGUUCAAAGGUCGUGGAGAUGGAUUUUACAUUGCCAUUUAUGCUGUUUUGACAUUUUUGGCAGUUGUUUCGAUGGUGGCUCAGUUCUCAGGGCUCAUCUACAUCAUGAAUCGUGCGGCCAGAAUUUUGAAUAUUCGUGCAGCAGAGAAGAUUUUGCAUGUGCCUAUGUCUUACAUGGAUGUCACGCCAAUGGGCAGAAUAAUCAAUCGUUUCACGAAAGAUACAGAUGCCUUGGACAAUGAGAUGGGAGAUAAAAUCGCGAUGAUCACCUACUUCUUUUGUUCCAUUUGCGGCAUUUUAAUUCUUUGCAUCAUUUAUUUUCCUUGGUUUGCAAUUGCAAUUCCGUUCAUUGUAUUCAUAUUUGCAGCCGUUGUGAAUUUUUAUCAAGCUUCAGGAAGAGAAAUCAAAAGAGUAGAAGCUAUUCAACGUUCUCACGUUUACAACAACUUCAACGAGACUCUUACGGGUAUGGACACUAUCAAGGGGUACGAUAAAAGUCUGGUAUUUCUCAAUAAAAAUGUCCAUCUUAUUGACAGAAUGAACGAGGCUUAUUACAUCACGGUUGCAAAUCAGAGAUGGCUUGAUGUUAAUCUCACGUUCUUGGGCACUGCAUUCGCUCUCCUUAUUGCAUUCUUGUGUGUUUUCAGAGUUUUCAAGAUCAGUCCAGCCUCAGUUGGAUUGUUGUUAUCUUAUGUACUUGACAUUGCUGGAAUGGUGUCUAUGUUGGUUGUUGUGUUUACUGAGGUUGAACAAGAGAUGAACUCAGCUGAGAGAAUAAUAGAGUACGCGUACCAUGCUCCACAAGAGGCUUCCUACAUUAUUUCUGAAACUUGUCCGCCUCCUCUGUGGCCCCAGGAGGGGCAAAUUCAUUUUGAAAACGCUAGUUUGGCCUACCGUCCUGGUCUACCACUUGUUCUCAAGAACUUUAAUGCUGACAUCAAGCCGCACGAAAAGAUUGGAAUUUGUGGUCGUACGGGAGCAGGCAAAACCUCAAUUAUGGUCGCACUUUAUCGUAUUGUGGAGUUAAGCGGAGGAAAAAUUGAAAUCGACGGAAUCGACAUCAAGACUUUGGGCUUAAACAACUUAAGAUCCAAACUUUCGAUCAUUCCACAAGAUCCAGUCCUUUUCCGUGGAAGUAUCAGAAGCAACUUGGACCCCUUUGAUGAACGUACGGAUGAUGAGCUUUGGGAUAUCUUGACCAGAACAAGAAUUAUUGAACAAUCGGAAAUCGAAUUUGUCAAACUUCAGUCAAAAGAUAGCAACGAUUUGCACAAGUUCCAUUUGGAUAGAGAAGUUGAGGACGAUGGAGGCAACUUUUCUUUGGGUGAAAGACAAUUGAUUGCUUUUGCAAGAGCCUUGGUUAGAGGAUCCAAAAUUUUGAUUUUGGAUGAAGCUACUUCGAGUGUUGACUACGCAACAGACAGCAAAAUCCAAGAGGCUAUUGUCAAAGAAUUUGCGGACUGUACUAUCAUGUGUAUUGCUCACAGAUUGAAGACGAUUUUGAAUUACGAUAGAAUUUUAGUGAUGGACUAUGGAGAAAUCAAGGAGUUUGACACUCCGUGGAACUUAUUCAAUUCUAGAAAAAGUAUCUUCCGUCAAAUGUGCGAAAAGUCUAAGAUUCUGUCACUGGACUUCGCUCGCAGAUAA